UCUGAUGUGAAGGAUCCCUACUUUGGGCAAUCACAGAGCAUACUUCUCAUAGUUUUUAAAAAAUAUUUUAGUUUGUUUAUGAAGAAAAUUAAAAUAAAUAUACCUUCUGAGAAGAACAAGGAUUCUGGGAUUUUGAGCAAAUUCGUGCUGAUAACGUGUUAUAAAAUGAGAGAAAAACUACUCAGAGAUUAAGAUAAUAGAUAUAAUAUAUUUCUGAUUUCUUCUCUCUAUUAACUCUUCACUCUUCUCUUAUUCUUAAUUGUGAUUACAAUGCAGGGAUUAAGCCUCUAUUUAUAGUGGAGAGGCUUGGCAUGAAACACAAAACAAAUCUUGUGAGCAGAGUUUACACUAUAAGGCUCCUAAGAGUUCUCAUCCAAAAGACUCUAAGGUAGCAACAAAAAAAAUUGACGCCAACUCCCCCAUAGUCCGAAAGUUAAUCGGAUGGCUCAACAAGGAAGGAGAGGCCCGGUCCCAAGGGACCAGAGGGAGACGAGCCAAGGAGAGGGUGAGGAGGUGGAGAGCCAAGGACGCAUAUCAGUGCACAAGAGGAUGCGCAAAAAUACAUCCCAGUGGCUGGGACCCAGAGCUGAGGAAUCUGGAGAAAAUUCUAGGGGGCCCAGCAAUGAAGAUGCCAGAGAUAUCCUCAAAUUGAGGAAAGAGAUGGAGGAACUAAAGAGGCAGAUUGACAAAGAUGGGUCUUUUGGACCCACAGUGGAGAUAAUCUCUCCCUUUACUGCCAGGGCAAUGAAAGCUCAGCUACCCAGGGGUAUGAAAGCCCCUGAAAUCCGUUACAAAGGAUUCACUGAUCCCAAUGAUCACUUGGCCGCAUACCAAACUCACAUGUUGAUGCACGCGGUAGAAGACGAGAUCCAAUGCCGCCUUUUCGUAGGGACUUUGGAAGGACCGGCCGUAAAAUGGUUCCUCACCCUUCCUAAUGGGACCAUUGAUUGCUUCAAAGAUCUUGCUCAACUCUUUCUCAAUGCCUAUGGAGGAAGGUUCCAGCCAAAGAAGCACUUCACCCAUCUUUUCUCCCUAAAGCAAAAGGAGGGAGAAACCAACACUGAGUUGGUGCAAAGGUGGAAUGAGGCGAUCAAUGAAGUAGAGCCCAUGGACGAUAAGACUUCCAUCGCUCUAUUCAUGAGUGUUCUAAGAUCGGGGGAAUUGUUUAGAAGGUUAGAUUACGAUACCCCUACUUCCUAUAAGGCUAUGAUGGCUAGGGUCAACAAGUUUUGUGCCACGGAAGAAUCAGAUCGCAUAAAGGGAAAGAAUGAGGGAGCCUUGCACAAAGGUUCAGACAAAGAGAAGAAAGGCGAGAAAGCUAAGGCAACCACUCUCUCCAUCCCUACCCUUAAGCCGCUGGCCGCACCGGUGGCAGAAAUUAAGAGGUCCAUUAAGCUGGACGUCAUCAUAGGCGAGCAUCCAAAGGUGAGGCAUAUGAGGAUGGAUUUCGUGGUAGUUGAUAUCAAGUGUGCUCACAACCCCAUCUUAGGGAGGCCUGGACUAGAGGACUUAGGAGGGGCGUUAUCCCUUGAACACCUAUGCCUCAAGUUUAGGACUCCUGAAGGUGUUGGACGAGCCCUUGGUGACCAGCCCGCAGCCAAGAAGGCUUAUCUAAAUGCCUGCAAGAGGAUAGGCAAGGAGAACCUCAACAUCCAAACCAUUGGGCAAGCCUUGGAAGAUAAAGAAAGGAAAGAGGAGGACCGGGAGAGGCCUAAGCCAGCUGUGGAAAUGGAAGAAGUGAUGCUAUUCCCUGAGGGGGAUCCCGAGAAGGUCGUAAGGAUCGGCUUAGGGCUAGAGGAGGAUAUCCGUGAAGAGAUUAUCCGAUGUGUCUUGGCGGUGGUGGUGACUGUGAAAAGGUUAACUCCUUAUUUCCAAGCUCACCCAGUGAGAAUCAUGACGGACCAACCUUUGGGAGCAGUUUUGAGGGACCCAUCUUCCUCGGGAAGGGUCAUCAAGUGGGCCAUGGUCCUCUCUCAAUAUGAUAUUUCUUACCAGCCCCGUUCCAGCAAGAAGGGCCAAGUCAUUGCAGAUUUUAUGGUGGAGUGUACAGCAAGAGGGAAGCCAGAAGAGGAUGGGACCGGCCAGGAAAGAAAAAUGGAGAUAUGGGAGAUACAUUCAGAUGGAUCCUGCACUAAGGAUGGUUCAGGGGGAGGAGCGGUCCUCACCUCCCCUGAAGGUUUCAAGGCCUAUCACUCCUUUAAGUUCACAUUUCGGACCACCAAUAACGAAGCAGAAUAUGAAGCCCUCAUUGGGGGAAUCAAGAUUGCCCUAUUCAUGAAGAUAAAGCACAUUCGCUUCAAAUCUGAUUCAAAACUGGCCAUUGGGCAGCUAAAGGGAGAAAUGGAGGCCAAGGAAGGAAGGUUGAAGAGGUACAGAGACUACGCCAGAACCCUACUUGGAAAAUUUGAGUAUUAUGAACUCAUAUAUGUUUCAAGGGAGGAAAAUGAAGAAGCGGGCAUGCUUCCCAAAUUGUGUAAGACCGUCCCCGUCCACAUGGAAAGCAUGGUGAGGCAGCACGAGAAGACUUGUCCUGUUUGGGAAGAGGCGGUCCCUGUCCUUGAGAUAUCCGGUCUAGGUACAACAUGGAUGAGCCCCCUGUCCACAUACCUUGAAAAGGGAGAGCUCCCUGUUGACCCCAAGGAGGCCCGUAGAGUCCAAUUGAUGGCUCCCAAGUAUCAAUUAGAUGGAGGGAAGUUGUAUAAAAAGGACCUUAGGUGGACCGAUGCUCAAAUGUUUGAGUGAAAGAGAAGCAGGAAGAAUACUAGAAGAGGUGCACCAAAGAGUUUGUUCUGCCCAUCAAGGUGCACUCACUCUAGCAAGAAAGGUGAUACUCCAGG